AUGGCGGGGAGGCCGGCGGGCGGGGGGGAGGCCGCGGGGCGGGGCGAGGGCUCCCGCCGGGAAGCGGCCGCGCCGGCCCCACGUGUACCGCGGCGCUCACCGCCUUGCUCCCCUGGCAGGAACAAGAGGAGGAUCAUGCGCAUCUUCACCCUGCCCCCAGCCGCCGAGACGCCGCCCGAGCCCAACUUCUACGACAGCAUGAAGAAGAUCCGCCUGCGGCAGCAGCUGGAGAUGUACUCCAUCGCAAGGAAGUACGAACAGCAACAGCAGCAGCCACCAAAACAGACUGAAAGCGUACAGCUCUCAGUGGAAUGACGCCCACAAUUGUAGGAACUCAGGAUAUAUUUCCAGUGCUGAUAAUAAGAGUUAGUGUGGAGCCAAUUUCAAUGCCUUGUAACUGAUACAUAGCUGAAGGCAAGGGGGAAAGGAAGGGGACUCUCCUAAGAACUUUGUAGCUUUUCUCUGAGCCCUGUAAAGUAAACUGAGUGCCUACUGAAACAAGCAGCAUGAGAGUACCCAACACAGGGAAGACCAGCUCAGAGAAAGCUCUGAGGGUAGAGAAGUGCAGUCUUACCAAUGGUUUAAAUUACUCCUCUCUCUGCUGGCACCUUGGAAAUGAGCUCCUACCUUGUCUGGUAACGGCACCCUAGAGGAAGCAAGGCAGUACAUAUCUGCCUGGAAACCCUUGUUCCUUGAUCACGCACUGUUGGAUUUACUGAAUGUGUUCAGUAAAUGUGAAUGAAGAUAUUGUGGCCUUACUGCCUAGCGAAGGUGAACAGCUUUGAGAGCCUGGAGUGUUGCUGGCCGUAGUGCAGACAGAUUCUGCUCGCUCUGUCUGUGUGGGAGUAGUGUAUGCAAUACUUCAAACCUUUCCUGGAGAAGCUCUUGAGAACUGAGAAGUACACAAUGAAUUGCAUGUCUGGAAGACACAAAGCCAGUACUAUAAUGUUAAUAGCAAAGGUGGUUAGCCUAAUUUUGUCAAACUACUUUAAAGAAUGGGAUAAAAAUUUGCA